GGAAGAGACCAAGAAGGAAGAAGAGCCAGUAGCAUCAUCGCCUCCUGCUGCUGCACCCACAACCACAGCACCUGCCGUUCAAGCGACAGCCUAAGCAUCAAUUUGUACGCGAAACAACAAGAAAACGAGAACGACAACAACAGCGGCAAUGAACAAAACGACACACUCUAAUUUUUGCUCACUUACUAAUAAUAUCUUCUCUAUAAUUCACUUACUACCUCUACCUAACCACUUCUUAUCCUUCUAUCUCUUCUUUCUGCUUAAUUCUCCCUUUAAAAUAUCUAUAUCAUAUAUUACAGCCCAUCGUCAACAACCCUACUUACUAUAUAAUAUACUCUCUAUUUUCUUACCUAUUACUUCCUUUUACAAGGUCGACUCUGUUACACCAAGUAAUACAAACACCGCCACCAACGCAUUAUAUUAAAAACGCUUGUCUAACCUAACCUUUUCUUUUUGGGUCAAUCAAUGGAUUGUUGGGCCAGGCUCUCUCCAUCAUCCCCCAAAAUAUACGCG